ACCGCUGGACGCGAUGCGGAGAUCCUGACGGAUAGAUAAGCCGGAACGAGAACGCCGUGGCUUGCAGCUAUCGCCGCGGGAGCGAGCGAAGAAAAAGAAUGACGCAAACCCAUUCCCUCUCGCCCCUCUUGUUCUCGUUAAACAUCUCCUCUCCCUCUCCCUCCCCCUUCCCCCGCCCUCAAGCUAAAAAUCCCGUUUUUCCCCUUCUCUCCCGCGUCUUCUUCCCCAAAUCCCCCUUCUUGAGGCGAACCCAUGUCCCCUUCUCCUCCCCCGUCGACGGCCUCGGCAAAGAAUCCGAGCUCGAGCUCCUUGGCAAGCCGUCCCCGAUCCCAGUCCCCGACGACAACGAACCCUCCGGCCCGCAAAAGCCCGCGGAUAUGGAAGAGGCAUUAGCCCCGUUCUUGAAGUUCUUUAAACAAAGGGACUCCGACUCCGAAGCCAAGAUCGGAGAAGAGAGCGAGCCGGAUGAAACCAGAGAACCCGCCGAGAAGGACAAAGAACAACAAAAGGUCGUCGGUGUCCGGGUUCAGUACUAUGAUCCGAAGCCUGGGCAUUUUGUGGUCGGCGUGGUGGUGUCGGGGAAUGAGAACAAGCUCGACGUGAACAUCGGCGCGGAUAUGUUGGGCACGAUGCUGACCAAGGAGGUGCUUCCGUUCUACGAGGCGGAGCUGCCGUACCUGCUGUGCGAUUUGGGAAAGGAUGCCGGCGAGUUUCUAGUUCCAGGAAAGAUGGGGAUUGUGAAGGAUGAGGAGGCCUUGAGUGGUCGCAGGGUACCCGGAAGGCCAGUUGUCGAGGUGGGGACGGUCGUUUUUGCGGAGGUCCUUGGUCGGACGUUGAGCGGACGGCCGCUGUUGUCAACAAGAAGGAUGUUUCGGAGGGUCGCGUGGCACCGAGCGAGGCAGAUAAAGCAACUCAACGAGCCGAUUGAGGUUAAAAUUUUUGAGUGGAACACUGGAGGGCUUCUCACCAGAAUUGAGGGUCUGCGAGCAUUUCUUCCUAAAGCUGAGUUGAUGAACAGAAUUAGUAGUUUCUCUGAUUUGAAAGAUCAUGUUGGUCGCCGGAUGCAUGUGUGUAUUAGCAAGAUUGAUGAAGCAACCAAUAACAUGAUAAUUAGUGAGAAAGAAGCUUGGAUCAUGGUUACCUGGGAUGGUUUGUUGGUUGUCUCUCAACCUUCUCUUGUGCAAGUGGUAGCGGAUGGAUGGUGUUACUGGUCUUCAUUCCCUCAUGACAUCUUAUACCUUAAAGAAGGAACACUUUUAGAAGGAACUGUUCGCAAAAUUUUUCCAUAUGGAGCACAAGUUAGGAUAGGUAAGACUAACAGAAGUGGCUUACUGCAUAUUUCAAACAUAACUCGUUCCCGUGUUACAUCUGUAAGCGAUGUACUAAAAGUGGAUGAGAAGGUGAAAGUUGUUGUGGUGAAGUCCAUGUUUCCUGACAAAAUUUCCCUAAGCAUUGCAGAUCUUGAAAGUGAGCCUGGACUAUUUCUUUCAAACAAAGAGAAAGUGUUUUCUGAGGCCGAAGAGAUGGCUAAAAAAUAUCGACAAAGGUUACCAGUCGUUUGUGCAACUCGAAAGUUAGAACCAGUCCCAGCUGAUGCACUCCCCUUUGAUGAUGAAGUUAGAUUGUACUCAAACUGGCAAUGGUUCAAAUUUGAACAACACAAUGAAAUGACUGGUAAUGAUAGCACCGUAUUAUGAUGGUAAUAUUAAGAAUUUUGUGACCAAUUUAGAUGAAAUCAUUCUGAUCUUAAGCCAAGUUGGAGCCUAAAUGCUUUGCAACUGAGAAAGGCUAAAGUGCAGUUCGUCCUUUGACAUUCUAAGCUGCAGCGACGAAUUGUUCUUGACAUUGUGUUAUACAAAAUUAGGAGCUGGGGUUGUGCUCAGAAUUAUUGUCCGCAUAUGAAAAGGAGAUUUUAGUUCUACCUCACUAUUUGUUCAGCCUAUUGAUUCCAUGUAGGAGUUGUGUCACCACCAAUUAUGUUGUAUCAACAGUGUAACAUCAUCCCUAGUAUGAGCACCCAUCUGUUAUUGUAUAGACCCUUGCAUCUGAGGCUGCAAGUAGAUGUUCUUUUAAAAAGAUACGAGUACAGUUGGAUUAAUGCAUAUGUUGUACAAAGAGAUACACGGCAGCUAGCGGGUGACAA